GCAUGCGCAUUCAGACGACCUCCUCGCCUCUCUCCAACGGCCUUUCCCUCGUCCAAACUACAACUCCCGGCAUGGCCGGCGCGGCGUCGCUCUGCAAGAAAGCGGAAGCAGAGCGGCGGUAGGGUCUUGCUUCUCGCGCGCGUGUAGAAGGGGGCGGGCUCGGCGCAGGCGCAGCUCGGGCGCCGGGAGGUCGAAGAGGAAACUCCCACCCCCUUUCGCUGAUGCAAGAGGCUAGUGCGGCGCUGGGAGCGGCAGGGUCCUCAGCAGCGCUGCCGGACCGGGGCCUGAAGCGGCUACUGGGCAGUCCGACUCUACGUCCGCACCGAAUCCUCCCGAGCGGCAGCCAUGUCCGGGGACGAGAUGAUUUUCGAUCCUACUAUGAGCAAAAAGAAAAAGAAGAAGAAGAAGCCUUUUAUGCUGGAUGAAGAAGGAGACGCACAGACAGAAGAAACACAACCCUCAGAAACAAAAGAAACUGAACCAGAGCCAACAGAGGACAGAGAUGUAGAAGCUGAUGAAGAGGAUGGUAGAAAGAAAGAUGCUUCUGAUGACCUGGAUGACUUAAACUUUUUCAAUCAAAAGAAAAAGAAGAAAAAAACAAAAAAGAUAUUUGAUAUUGAUGAAGCUGAAGAAGGUGUAAAGGACCUAAAGAUUGAAAGUGAUGUACAAGAACCAGCAGAACCAGAAGAUGACCUUGAUAUCAUGCUUGGCAAUAAGAAGAAGAAAAAGAAGAAUGUCAAGUUCCCAGAUGAGGAUGAAAUUCUAGAGAAAGAUGAAGCUUUAGAAGAUGAAGACAGCAAAAAGGAUGAUGGAAUUUCCUUCAGCAAUCAAACUGGCCCUGCUUGGGCAGGCUCAGAAAGAGAUUAUACUUAUGAUGAGUUGCUGAAUCGAGUAUUCAACAUAAUGCGGGAAAAGAAUCCAGAUAUGGUUGCUGGAGAAAAAAGGAAAUUUGUCAUGAAACCUCCACAGGUUGUUAGAGUAGGAACCAAGAAAACUUCUUUCGUCAACUUCACAGAUAUCUGUAAACUAUUACAUCGUCAGCCCAAACAUCUCCUGGCAUUUUUAUUGGCUGAGUUGGGUACAAGUGGUUCCAUAGACGGUAAUAACCAACUUGUAAUCAAGGGAAGAUUCCAACAGAAACAGAUAGAAAACGUUUUGAGAAGAUAUAUCAAGGAGUAUGUCACCUGCCAUACGUGUCGGUCACCAGACACAAUCCUGCAGAAGGACACACGACUCUAUUUCUUACAGUGUGAGACCUGCCAUUCUCGCUGCUCCGUCGCCAGCAUCAAGACUGGGUUCCAGGCCGUCACAGGCAAGAGAGCACAGCUCCGUGCCAAAGCUAACUAAUUUGCUAAUCGACACUGGAUUUUGCAAAGUGUUUUGGAGAUGUGGCUGGACAGGUUUACAAUCAGAGUGGAUUUACCAUUGUAUUAAAAGCAAGAUAUAAAAGCUGCCAAGUUCUCAUUUGGCAUUGGGUUGGUUGGUCUGUGAAAUCCUUGCAAGAUGCAGAUCCUCAAGCUGUUCACAUGCUCAUUGAAUAUUUUAACAACUGUCAGAGAAACAUGAUGGGGAAAGGAGGAGGUGCUUUUUAAAAACCGUUCCUAGACUUCUGUAAAAUGCAAGAUAAAUUAAAGUUAUUCUAACAGUGACUCUUUCAUGCCGGCUUGUCCUUCAGUUUCCUUUUUACAAAUAUAUAUGUAAACAAAAAACAAAACCGUAACUGACAAAUGCAGUGAAAACAAUUUUACUGUGACCAUGUGCAGACUCUGAGUAAAUAACUGUACAUUCCUAGUGUUGAGGACUGGAGCUUUAGCACAUACUUCUGGAGGUGCAGCUCCUCGUGACAAACAUAGUAAGAGAGAGAAGCACUGAUUCACAUGGGCAAAGAAGCACAUUACAGGGAUGGGAGGAGUGUGAAAUCCAGGAGGUGCUAUUUGCUUAGCGAGACAUUCCCCAUUUUCGUGGGAUGAUCAUAUUGGUUUGAACUAUCUUUUAAGAUGUGAGAAUUGUUUACUUUCUACCUCACUUCCACCUCAUGCAUGUGUCCUCUAACUACGAUCAUGUGGAAAAUGGAAGGAUAAGCUGGUUAAUGCCCCGACUACGUAGAGCUCUCUCUUCCCUGCAACUUGGGGUUGUCUUAGCAAUAUUGAACUUUUUGCUACCACUUUAACUCUAAAACGCAACAUGGCAUCCCUGGGACGCUAGGGCAAUGUGAAAGUGAUGUAUGGUAUGUGGUAUUGGACAGUGUCUGGAUGGUGGUGUUAAGAGAAAGCAUUUUUUCCCCUUACCUUGUAGUCUGUGUUCUGAAAAGCCCCAUUGUAAACAACCGUUGUUGUAUACUUGGAAAGCAGAAUGCCCAUCAAAGGAGAGAGACUGUUGCCAGCAAGCCAAUAACUAGUAUUGCAGGUUUCUAGCAGUAGAAGAUGAUGUGCCAUGCCACCUUGAGUGGAUUUGAUUUUAAAGUGAUCAUUCUACCUCUAGGAACCAAAAGGAACAGUUAAAAUAUUACAUAUGUGUGCCUGUUCUCAUUGGCCACAUCGGUGUCGGCCUGACACAAGCUAAUUUAGAAGAAGGGCACACUCCAACUUUCUCUACUUUUCAUGACCCGGGGUCUUGGAAAGCCACCUAAGUGAGUUACUGAGCAGGUGUUCUAUGUGAAUAGAGGCUGUGUUGGCACUCGAAUAACUUAGCUAUGUUAUUUUAAAAUCACUGUGACCCUUAAUUUUAAAGUAUGAGCCAAGAGGAAAGGAAACUUGGCUGAGAGCGGGUGGAUGGUUGGUUUGACUGGCAUGUGACCGUGGUGUCUAGACCCUAGGUAGCCCAAGGUGACAGCUGCUGACUAUACUUAUUUUUGAACUCAACAAGUUUCUAUUUGGAUUUUACUUUUUUUGUAUCUGCACUAACAGUUUCCAAUUUUACUGGCAAGUCAUUUUUUUAUUUGAAAUUCUUGACUGCAAUUUGAAAGCCACAGUUUGAAUCCAGGUUUGAGAUUCUAAAGCAUUUGGAAUUUGAAGAAAGAGCUGUAACAAAUGUUGGAUGUAACUUUGAGUGAAUAAAGCCAGGAUCAGUGCCUCUUGUGUAACAACUAGGACUGUAUUGUUUCGUUUCUUUUGGUCUCGUUUAGUAUACUUUCCUGUAUUCUAAAGGGGUCAAGAAGACUGACAAAGGUCUAUAGCUGCCUUCCCCAGUGUCGGGGUAGGUCAGAAGACUUCAUUUCAGGAGCAGCGAUCUUGACCCUGGUCUUGACUGAAGUCUUAGCUUGCCUUUCGAGUGGGAGUCUUGGGCCUUGGACCACAGCUGAUUCAUUAAGAGUUCAGUUGAGUGCAAAUCAUCCAGGUGUGUUGGGUUGUUUGAAAAAAAAAAAAAAAAGCAAAAUCACCGCUGAUUUUCAUCUAUUCUGGACAAUAAAAAUGAACUGAAAACAAC